CUCGGGUUUGUUUUGAGUCGCUGAUGCGAAAAAUAUUCAUCAUUUCUGCCUUUUGCGUGUGUACUAAGAAGGUACCUUGGACUAUUUACAAAUCCUAACCCCUUGGAAAACAGCAGUGAUAGGCGAGACUGCGAGCUGAAAUCAUCUGUGAUAACGCACUCCAGCAAGCUAAGCAAAAUAACAACGUGACCGACCAGUCAGUGGUGUUUUGAUUUCGAUACGCGCGAAGAAUGGUGAAUUAAGCUCGGCCAAUAGCUACGCGUAAAUGGAUAUGAGGAUUGGUUAAAUGCUUUUUUUUUUGCAAAACCGAUACAUCUAUAGGAGUUUUUAGUAUCACCACAUUCCUAAGCGUGCAGCUUUAAUCAUCGAAUGAUUUGGAAUUAGUCCCGCUGUAACCAUCGUCAAGCGGCACAGAAGUCCAUCAGAAUGUUUUAAGGACUAGCAAAGUCAACGAACAGCCACAGUAAUCCACAACCGUAGUAAGAUGGUGAUAAGAAUCAUCCGUAGGGAAAAUUGCUGAUAACUGCACUUGUUACAAGCAGCAGCAGCAGUGAGGUGCAAACGACACCUUUGGUCGAAUCGUACGAAACGCAUAUCGCACUCCCAGUGACAACAUUAUAAUGGAUGGAGGUGAAGUGAGUGGUUACCUUGAAGAUACGCCGACAGUGUCCAGCGGGGAGCAGAACAAGUUUGAACGAAAGUAUCGCUACUUUAUUCUAGAGCCAGCUAUUCUGUUGCUGUUCUACGCGUGGAAUGUAUCGUCGGCCGUCUUCACAAACCAGGUCGUGUACCAGGCAUGCACGGUGACCUUCCAACACAAUGAAACUCUAUGUGCCCAACUGGGCACGCAAAAUGAAACCCAGCCCGAAAUCGAAGAGCUGGAACGAGAGGUACAGCCGUACGCGGCCACCAUCCUGAUGGCCAAAUCUCUGAUCGAAUCGAUCAUUCCGGCCCUGUGCAGUAUGUUUAUCGGGCCGUGGUCGGACAAGUACGGUCGCAAACCGGUACUGAUGUCGACGUUCAUCGGUUCCUUCCUGACCUACACCCUGGUGGCUGUGAUAUGCUUUCUGUCGACGCGGUACGAAAUCGAUCCGUGGUACUACAUUCUGGCAUAUAUCCCGGCUGCGUUGUCUGGUGGAAAUUGUGCGCUCAUUACGGGGGUGUUCUGCUACAUUACCGAUGUGACCAGUGAGGAAAAUCGAGCAGUUAAAAUGGGCGUAUUGGAGGCAGCCAUCUUCGGAGGACUGCUGUUGGGAGUUCUGAGCAGUAGCUACAUCCUGCGGUGGACCAACGCCGUAACGGUGUUUGCCAUUGCAUCCGGAGCAAUUCUCCUAGGUAUUUUGUACAUAAUUUUCUACAUAGAGGAGAGCAUACAGCCCGACGAGCUGGACAGCUCAACGAACAAACUGCGCGAAAUAUUCCGUUUCGAAUUGGUGGGUGAUCUGUUCCACACGUGCUUCAAACGGAGGCCCAAUUUUGAUCGUGUUAUCAUCUGGUUGGUGAUUGCCGCACUAGGUGCUAGUAUUUUUGCACUGGAGGGUACAGGAACGGUGUACUUCCUGUUUCUACGAGAACGAUUUGGAUGGACAGUGAAAGAGUAUUCCUUUUACGAUGCAACUGUCAUAGUAUUCAUGAUCGUUGGUAAUCUUGUUGGAAUGUACGGCGUGAAGAAGCUUUUUAACCUAUCGGAAAGUGUCCUAGCGGCGAUUGGAUUCUGCUGUUACGCCAUUGACAGCGCUAUCCGAGCAAUAGCCUACGAGCCGUGGCAUCUUUAUCUAGCACUGGGGGCUUCGAUGAUGAAGGGUAUUGCCGGUCCGAUGGGACGAGCGGUGAUCUCGAACACUGCUCCGCCAAACGAUAUCGGGAAGAUCUUCUCGCUAACGACAUCGAUCGAAUCGCUGACACCACUGGCAUCGGCACCCAUCUAUACCUACGUGUAUAAACAGACCAUGGCGUGGUAUCCGGGAGCGUUCAAUCUCAUCAGUGCGACGGUAUUUUUCUUCUGCUUGUGCCUUAUGCUUUUGGCCCGAGUGUUCCAGGGAAUGUAUCAAGCGACUACUUAUACGUCGAUAAACUAAAGUGUAAGAAAGACGUAAAACGGAUUUGAUUUUAGGCGAAUAUUAAGUUGAUAUUUUCAAAACUAAACCAAAUAAAAUGUAUUUUAUUUUAAUA